GUCAAAGUUUGGUUUCAGAAUCGCCGUACGAAGCAGAAGAAGGACCAGGGCAAAGACUCGGAGCUGCGUUCGGUGGUUUCGGAGACGGCUGCGACCUGCAGCGUCCUCAGACUGCUGGAGCAGGGCCGUCUGCUGACCCCCCCAGGCCUGCCGGGCCUCCUGCCCCACUGUGCCACUGGGACACUGAGCUCAGCCCUACGCCCCCCCUCCAUGGCCAUGGCCUCUAACGGUGGUGGCGGGGCCGGAGGCGGGGCCGGGUCAGGGGGCGGGGGCAGCGGUCCGGCGGGGGGCAGUCCUCCUCUGCCGGCCGUCACCAGCUCAGGGACGGUGUCGGCUCUGCAGAGUUCACCGGCCGCACACGGCCUCUUCAGCUUCCCCAUGCCCACCCUGCUGAGCGGCGUCGCCACCCGCAUCUCCUCCAACCCGCUGUCCAUGGCGGGCUCGCUGGCCGGGAACCUCCAGGAACUGUCCGCCCGCUACUUGAGCUCGUCUGCCUUCGAGCCUUACUCGCGGACCAAUGGCAAAGAAUCCAUGGACAAGAAACUUCUGGACUGA